AUGGAGAAUAGCAUGGAGUUUAAGAAGAAGAAGCAAGAGUUUUUUUCCUUUUCGAUUCAAAGCAACGAUGAAAGCCUAGAAGCGUGUGGUUCAAUUGGAUUCAAUGCGUAUUUGAGUUCCUUUGUGAAUAGGGUCGGGCAUCGACAGAUUUCUGAACUCGUUAAGUCCAAUGAAAAACGUGCAUUUCUCGUCGAUACAUUAGCUCUGGUUCGAAGUUUGGAAGCCCAAGGCGUGCCAUCGAAACAAGCGGAGGCAAUAACGGCAGCGAUCACCGAAGUUCUAAAUGGCAGUUUGGAGAAUGUAUCCCAUUCUUUUGUUUCGAAGUCAGAAAUGCAGGAAUCUGAGAUGCUUCAAGAAGCCAAUUUGUCAAAGUUAAAUCGGAAGUAA